UUAGCAUAAGUUGAUGAUAUUACGCACCGGUUGAGAUAAAACACGACCUUUCCGAAAACUGUACACAAAAUCUUUGGAAAUGGCGAAUAAAUUGCCAGAAAAAGCAUUUAAUUUGAUUCGGCAAAUGCCACGCGUGAAGAUAGAUUCGGUUAAACCUUUGCCUGGAUCUUAUACAAUUAAGAAAAAACAAAGAAGAAGUAGAGAGCGUGGAGGUACAAGUGGUCGUGGUAAUAAAGGUCAAGGUCAAAGAAUGACAUUGCCAAGACUUGGAUUUGAAGGUGGAAAUACACCUUUCUAUCUAAGAAUUCCAAAAGAACCAUAUUACAAAGGGCAUCAUGUGAAGAGAGAAUACCCACCAUUUUCCUUGCUACAGCUACAGAGAUUGAUUGACACUGGCCGUAUAGAUGCUAACCAACCUAUUGAUCUCACUACUAUAUGUAAUACACAUGUAUAUAAAUUGAAUCCUAAUGACAGAGAAUUUGGCAUUAAUCUAACAGAUGAGGGAAUUGAUCAAUUUAAAGCGAAGGUAAACAUUGAAGUACAGUGGGCAGAAGAGUCUAUAAUAGCAGCUAUAGAAAGGAAUGGCGGGAUGAUAACAACCAGGUUUUACAGUCUGGAAUGUGUUGAAGCAGUGAGUAAUCCGGUGGCAUUUUUUGCGAAGGGAAUCCCCAUUCCAAGAUGUCCAUUACCACCAGUGGAUGCAUUUGAAUAUUACACUAAUCCUGACUUUAGGGGUUAUUUAGCGGACCCAGAGAAAUUGCAAGAAUCACGAUUUAAAUUAGCACAGAAGUAUGGGUAUGAGGUACCAAAUUAUGAUAAUGAUGCAGAUAAAGAUCUGUUUAAAAUGCAGAAAGAUCCACGACAGAUUUAUUUUGGACUCAGUCCAGGGUGGAUAGUGUGUAUGAAGGACAAAUGUAUAAUUAAACCAAAGGAAAAGGAAUAUGAAGAAUAUUACCAGUCUUAAUUUAUAUGUUCAUUAUGAUUUAUUUGUUUAAAGUGUUCAAUAAAGAUGAAUUUUUGUUUUGUUUUUA